CUUCUUCACUCGAGGCCUACAGUCGGUUGCCAUAGCAACGCUGCGGCCUAGUCGGGCAUGGCGCUGGGGCGAAGCCUGAGAGCGGCUGCGGCGGGGCGGCGGUGUCUGAGGCCGAAGGAGCCUGGGCUGGUUCCCGGGGGGAAGGCGGAGGAGCUGCUCCGGGGGGGCCCUGGUGGGCGAGGGCCAGGGCGAGGGCAAGGAGGCGCGGAGGGCUCCCUCGGAGGCCUCGGUGCUGCUCUUCCCGGGCCAAGGCAGCCAGUUCGUGGGGAUGGGACGGGGCCUCCUGCAGUACCCCAACGUGGCGGGGCUUUUCCGCGUGGCCCAGCAGCUCCUGGGCUACGACCUCCUGAGCCUCUGCCUGGAGGGGCCCCAGGAACAGCUGGACCGCACCGUCCACAGCCAGCCCGCCGUCUUCGUCACCUCCCUGGCCGCCGUGGAGAAGCUGCACCACCAGCAGCCCUCGGUAGUUGAAAACUGUGUCGGAGCUGCUGGAUUCAGCAUUGGAGAAUACGCAGCUCUUGUUUUUGCAGGAGCCAUAGACUAUUCCGAAGCCUUAUAUGCAGUAAAGGUGCGCGCUGAAGCCAUGCAAGAGGCAUCUGAAGCUGUCCCAAGUGGAAUGCUGUCUGUUAUCGGCCGGAAUAAUUCAGAUUAUUUUGCUGCUUGUUUAGAAGCUCGUGAAUAUUGCAAAUCAGUGGGACUAGAAAAUCCUGUAUGUGAAGUGUCAAAUUACCUGUUUCCAGAUAGCCGAGUCAUUGCAGGACAUUUGCAGGCUUUGGAGUACUUACAGAAAAAUUCUAAAAAAUACUCAUUUGCACGUGUAAAAAUGCUACCAGUCAGCGGUGCUUUCCACACUCAACUUAUGGAAUCAGCAAUGGAACCUUUAUCAGAAGCCCUCAAAUCAAUUACCAUUCAGCAGCCUCUCAUCUCUGUCUAUUCAAAUGUGAACAGCCAAAAAUACACACAUCCAAAACAGAUCCAGCGUUUGUUAGUGAAGCAAUUGGUUUUGCCAGUAAAAUGGGAACAAACAAUGCAUGCCAUCUAUGAAAGGAAAAAAGGCACAGAAUUUCCUUGCUCAUACGAAGCUGGUCCUGGGAAACAGCUAGGAACAAUCCUAAAAAGUUGCAAUUUGAAGGCCUGGAAAUCCUACAAAAAUAUUGAUGUUUCAGAAGAUGAUGCAAAUGAAGAAAUUUAAAUAUGCCUGCAAGAAAUGUGUUCCUGGUAUAUUCUGCUCUUAUGUACCUUUUGAUUUUAAGUAGAUUUAUUGUUUGCUGCAAAUGAACGUCUUGAGGAAUAUACAGUCUUGUUAUCCUCUGCACCGGGGGAGAUGUGCAUUUUCAUUGCUGGCACCAGCUUUUGUUUACUUGUUAUUAUUUGAACUGAUGUGCUCUCACUUUGGGUGCCACAUUGUCAAAUGGACAGAUUUACUCACGAGCAUCUUUAAAUUAAUGAUUGCAGGGAUAGAUGUCCACAUGAGCCAUAUGGUUGUGUUGACUUACAGUUCUUCUCUUGUUUUUGACUGUUAAGAAUCAGUGAUAUUAAAAAAUAUUUUAAAUA